AUGCCAGUUGUGCAAGAGGCCACAAAGGCCACGAAAGCCGUGCAGGCCUUCCUGGUGAAGCGGCUCGUGUCUCUGAGACUGCAAUGCGCCUGCACAGCCAUGACACUGCAACGUGAGCUUGUGAAGCUGAAGGGCAUCAACUUGGAUGUCUCCACCAUCCGGAAGGUCCUUAGCAAGCACGGGUACCAGUGGCUCCCAAAGGCGCAGAAGCGGAAGUAUAGCCCAGCACGCAAACGGGAGCGGGUCCGCUUUGCUCAGGCCGUUGUGCGACUCAGUGCUGCGCAACUGCGGGAGAAGCUGGCGCUGUCCAUGGAUGGGGUCAUCCUCUCCAUCCCGCCCAGGGAUGCCACGGACAGAGCGAACUAUUGUGCGCACGGUGACAGCCACAUGUGGCGCAGACGGGGUGAGGCAGGGCUCGAGAAGCUGGCCGGACAAGAUCCCUAUCCUCAACAAGUGGCCCAGCACCGCCUGGUGCCCUUCUGGGGCGGUCUUUCGCAAGGUGGCUUCAGCAUCAUCACGUUCCACAAAGCCCGGAAGUUGACGACAGCUGCAUGGU